UCACAUGUUCUGUCUUGUUUGUUCCCUUCAGUUCCUACGACUGCCGGGACGGGCAGCGAGACCACCGGGGUCGCCAUCUUUGACUACGAGCCUCUGAAAGCCAAAACAGGUAUCGCCAGCAGAGCCAUCAGACCCAUGCUGGGCAUCGUGGACCCCCUGCACACACUGAGCAUGCCCGAGAGAGUCGCCGCCAACAGCGGCUUUGACGUGCUCUGUCACGCUCUCGAGUCGUACACCGCCCUGCCCUACAACCAGAGGAGUCCCUGCCCCCCCAACCCCAUCAACCGCCCCGCCUACCAGGGCAGCAACCCUAUCAGUGACGUCUGGUCCCGCCACGCCCUUAACGUGGUCGCCAAGUACAUGAAGCGAGCGGUGCGUGACCCCGAGGACGUGGAGGCCCGGUCCAGCAUGCACCUGGCCAGCGUGUUCGCUGGGAUCGGCUUUGGGAACGCCGGAGUCCACCUGUGUCAUGGGAUGUCGUAUCCGAUCGCUGGGAACGUGAAGACUCACUCGGCUAAGGGUUACAGCGUGGAUCACGCCCUGGUGCCUCAUGGUCUCUCGGUGGUCCUCACGUCUCCAGCUGUCUUCAACUUCACUGCCCCAAUGUGCCCUGAACGCCACCUGGAGGCCGCAGAGAUCAUGGGUGCAGAUAUCCGUCAGGUGAAGCGGGAGGAUGCGGGAGCGGUCCUGGCCGACACUCUGCGUCACUUCCUGUAUGACCUGAAGGUGGAGGACGGUCUGGGAGCUGUGGGGUACAGUAAAGAUGACAUCCCGGCGCUGGUCAAAGGAACCAUUCCUCAGGAGCGAGUGACUAAACUGUCCCCCAGAGAGCACACUGAGGAGGACCUGAGCCACCUGUUUGAAGCCUCCAUGAAGCUCUACUGAACACGCUGAGCCCGUGUCCUUGAACUGAUCUCAGGUCUGCUCUGUGUGGAGCUGCAGUUCCUCUAACAGCCACUAGAUGGAGCUGUUUCUCCCGCUGCUCUUUCCUGGAGCUGCUCACCUCAGUGCCGUGUGUUUCUAACCAUGAAUGUAACGUGUGAACCUUUGUACCGCUCGCAGCAUUAAAGCCGGCUGAAAGCUUCAA